AUGUUGACAAAAGCAACAGCCCACAUACGUCCCUUUAUCCGACUCCCCUCCUCAUCAGGUGCUUCACCUGACCAUUUCACCGCCAACCCUUCUCUCCUCCAUCAUCUACCACAUAAUGGUGCAGGCAACUCAUUAGUUGCCUCAGGACCUAACCCUACUCAGACUGCUGGAUCGAGUGGAAGUGCAGGAAGACAUGGAUAUGGUGGGAAUGCAGGUGCUGGAAGUGGAGGAGGUUAUACUGGUCACGCGAGAGCAUUCCUUUCGCUUCCUCAAACGACUUCUGUAGACCCAUCUUCAACAAUGUCAAACUCAGAUGAAGACUCAUUCCAGAAUGCUUCAUCAUCCAAAGGACCAUCGCUGCUUCUCAAACAUCGAUUAUCGAAACGAACUCGAAUAAUCGGACCAAGUGACGGAGUGGGGAGAGAAGUGCGACGAGAGAUCGAAGCUAGAGCUGGUGGAAGUAAAGUGUCUGUAAUGGAGAUAGAAAACAACGAAGAAACAGAGAGACCCGAACGCUUGGCAUUAUCUUCAUCUCGACCAAGCAGGAGGAGAAGCUCGAUAGCUUUCCCUUCUCAAACCACAUUUGAAGCCCCAUCAUCAUCAUCAUCAUCAUCAUCUCGCACGCCUCUUCGACCGGCAACAUCAAAUCGUCAACAAAGAGCUGGUCUUACUAGAUCACCAUCGGCAGUUGAAAUAUGGCAAGUUGGAAUUCCUCAUCCUCGAGCUCCAUUAGGAUUGAGAUCACUUUCAACUCGAUCAGAUAUACCGAAAUCGCUAGAAGCAGAAGAUGUACAACCAUUCGUAUCGACCUCCUCAGUUCCAGCAACGAGAAUACUAGGUCAACCAAAUAGAGUGUUGAUGGAUCUCGCAGGUCGUGACUUACCUGGUAAAAGCUUAGGAAUGGUGAGGAGGAACUCUACAGCAGCUGUUGAGAGAUCAUCUUUGGAUCAACCUCCCAUAGAGCUAUUAUUGCAAAACACAGACAAAACCCGAAGUAUUGGUCCUGACGCUGAACCACAAGAAAAGGCUAUCUACGACGCCAUCAUCACAGCACGAAGAGCAGAGGAUCUCAACCUUUUACAAAGACUGAUCCAGCAUUAUCGAUCGCCUCGAUCCGUUUCGCCUUUCUCAGAAGAUGAGCAACCCGGAGAUCCUACUUUGAUUCAUCAAUUCCCAUUACCAUCAAAAUAUUCACUGAGAAACUAUAAUGCAAUCCUCAGUGCUCUUGUUGGCACAAGACAAGCUGGUCAAUCAAUAGCAUCAAUCCUUGAAAUUUAUAACGAAAUCCUUGAACGCGAUCUGAUACCCAACGCGACUACAUAUGGUUUCGUGAUUCGAGCUUUAUCUCUGCGAUCGGUAGAAGUUUCUCACGCUGUCCAAACUUGGGAACAACAGAAAUCUUGGGGAGAAUGGAGAGCUCGACAAUUAGGACCUGCAACUUGGGAUUACAACAGUGCGGCAGAAAAAGAUCAAUUAUUCCAGUCAUAUGAAGCUGAGGGUAAUCUCCCAUCUGCACUGAAGCUUUUCAGAGCCGCUACAAGAAUCAACUCAACCGUAGGAUUCCCCCUUCCUCUAUAUGGCACGAUACUAGAUGCCAUGAGUAGGGAAUCUAAAAUCAAUACUCAAGCAAUGUUACAGAUCUUCCGUAUGGCUCAAAGGUUCGAAGUACCAGGCUCAAUCAGUCUCUACAAGCAUAUGUUCCGUGCUUUGGGCGAGACCAAAGAUGCUGAACAACUCAACAAGACUUGGAACGAGCUUAUCAAGGCUUCUCAUGACGACAAAGUCGAGUCAGACUGGUUGGAAUCUAACCCUGGACUUAAAGGAACCGAUUCCGAAGCGAUUGCCGUCAGGGUCCGUGGUUUAAGACAAGAAGUGUGGCAUUCAGCGAUCAAAGCCUUCAUCGCUGCCGGACAGAUCCCCAAAGCCCUUGAGAUAUUUGGCGAAAUGAUGGAUUCUGCAACAUCAUCGUCAACCAGUACUACUGAUUACAAGAGAGCCCCACCUGCAACUCACCGAACAUGUGGACAACUCGUCGUCGAUUUAGCUGAAACUGGUAAUUUGGAUCUGGCCUUGGAAUGGAGUAACAAAGUGCACACGUCAGAUUACCUUGGAAAACUACAUCCUCCCCGACUUGCCCUUGAACACAUCACGUACUUCGUCGACGCCCUCAUUAAAGCUGACAAGAUUGAAUUAGCCAAAAAGGUCAUGGAAAAGCAUACUUCAGAUUAUGGUCAAUUCACCACUGCCUCAAGUAGGACGACGAUUGGUAGAAGGACAUGGAGAAUUCUUACUGCUUUAGUUGUAAGAGCCUCCGAAGCAUCAGAACCAGAAAGGGAUCAGAUUCUGGAUACUAUUAAAGAUUUCAGCAAAUCCGGAACGAUGAAUUUCGAUGUACUGCUCAUUCAAAAACAUAUAGGUCUCCUCGCCAAAUCCAAGCGAUGGGAGGAUAUGGCGUCUGUUCUCGAAGCUUGUACCGUGACAAAUACAGUCAGGAAAGAAAACCGUGCCCGACUUGCAGAGACGAUAUCGGCUUUGGCUACCACAGAUAUACCCCUCAAACAUCUCUUGGCACUCAUUCGUCAAGCUAGCAAUCAUGGGAUCGAGAUCAAAGAUGGUCUUGCCUCCGCUAUCAUCAACAAAUAUUCGUCGGAAAUCAGCAAGGCUUCGUCAGCUCAGGACUUAGAUCUGUCCAACCUGCAGUGGUCCGCUCUCAUCGAAUCUUUUGCCGCUCUCCCAUCAGACAUUCUCAAGGACAGAGAAUAUGAUGAUGCGUUCUUGAGCCUGGUUGCCGGCCUUGGAGAAAUCAGCAAAGAAGAUGGCUUCCUAAACAAUCUAAGUGUUCAUGUCGCUGUUCGAACAGUGAUUAAUUCCUUGAUCUAUCGAUUCGGCCUAGAAAGAUCUAAACAUCUUUUGAUUCCUGUAUUUGGCGAAGAGAAAGCAGAAGAAAUGGUUAAAAUCGUCCCUCAAGCGGAUAAUGCUACUUCAUUCUCACCUUCCGCAAGUGCCAGUCCCAAUUCAAGUGAAUUCACUCUUCCUUCUACGCCUUCAAGUGCCACAACUGCUUCGCAAUCACAACCGGAAAUCAGACUUUCGAUCGACCGACAAUUAUCUGCAUCAGUCGAAAGAUUCACACACAAAAACCCACCCAUCACACCUCUUGAUGCCUACGAUCUUGUUAGACAAGGAUUGACGAGAAACUCAGUCCCAUACCCUGGAGCAUUGUGUCAUUUGAUCGAUCACUUGGCAAGAGCAGGAGAUGAACCUAAAGUACGAGAAUUAUACCAACUUUGUCAAGUGCUUUUGAGCAACAUCACCAGACCGGAGACACAGGCUAACUAUUGGCAUCAAGUUGAAGAUGCCAUGUUAAUUGCAAAUUGUCAUCUUGGAUAUUUGGAACAAGCAGGCAUGCACAGAGCGAGAAUUGUCGAAUCUGGAAUGGCACCUUCAGCAGAUGCGUAUGCUACUAUGAUAGCAAGUUCAAAAGACACAACGGAUGAUGCUCUUGUGGCAAGAGAAUUAUUUGAUGAAUCUCAAAUGAUGGGUGUUAAACCCCAUUUAUACCUUUACAACACAAUAAUCUCAAAAUUAUCGAAAGCUAGAAAAGCCGAGACGGCUUUGGAAUUGUUCAAACACAUGAAAGAACAAGGCAUAAGACCUUCAAGUGUUACUUAUGGUGCCGUUAUCAACGCAUGCUGCAGAGUUGGUGAUGCCCAAUCAGCAGAAACCCUAUUCGAGGAAAUGGCCAGUCAACCCAAUUUCAGAGCUAGAGUGCCACCUUUCAACACGAUGAUGCAAUUCUACCUUCAGACUCAACCCAAUCGAUCCCGAGUCCUUCACUACUACUCUGCCCUUCAACGAGCCAAUGUCCCACCUUCAGCACACACAUACAAACUCCUCUUGGAUACUUAUGCUACCCUUGCUCCUAUCGAUUUGGAAUCUAUGGAACGUGUCUUUGCUGAAAUCCAGUCCAACCGCAACGUACAAGUCCAAGGUACACACUGGGCAAGUCUGAUCACUGCAUACGGGUUACACGGAGGUGAUCUCGAGAAAUCAAAAGCAAUCUUCGAGAGCAUCAACGAAAGACAAAUUAAAGAAGCGGUAAUUUGGGAAGCCAUGUUGAACGUCUUGUCUCAACGUGGAACUUUAUCUGAAUUAGAAGCUAUCAAAGAGAAAAUGCUAAAUUCAGGUGUACAACCUACAGCUUAUGUAUACAACGCUUUGAUCAAUGGUUAUUCCAGAUCAGGUGAAAUAGAAAAAGCUAGAGAAGUAUUCGAAUCAAUGGGAGACUCAAUAACAGGAGUUGCAGCACCAAACAACCAUCCAACACUCUUGACUUCGUCUGGUCAUAUCAAACCCAAUACAAUAACAAACCAACCUUCACAUAUUGUUUAUAGGGAACCAUCGACAUACGAAACUAUGAUUAGAGCAGAAAUCAAAUCUGAUAAUAAAGUGAAAGCGGAACAAGUCUUAGCUAAAAUGGAAGAAAGAGGUUAUCCCCUUGCUGUUUUCAUGAGAGGUAGGGCGGCUUUAGAAGAUUCUCAAAUAGGUCAAUAG